AUGGAUAACGUACUCCCUCCACGAGAUAUAACCAACUCAAGCGUCAAUGUCAUCAAUGGGAGAGUUGUACUUGUUUAUUCCAAUGGAAGCGUCAAUAACGUUUCAUUCACAUUUGCUGUCAAAAACAAUACUCUGGGGAACCCUAAGUGUGUUUUCUGGAAUUUCAGCCUCUUUGACAAUACCGGGGGAUGGGACAGCAAGGGCUGUGCGUUGGUACGCAACACAAACAAAGCCGUCACCUGCAACUGCAACCACCUGACGUCGUUCUCUAUCCUCAUGUCACCCUACAGUACUGGUAGCCUCGUGCUGGAUUAUAUAACCUACGUUGGAGUUUCCAUAUCCAUGGCUUCCUUGGUCAUAUGCCUGAUAAUUGAAGCUGUCAUAUGGAAGAAAAUAAGGAGAAACAACACAUCUUACUUGCGUCAUGUCUCCAUUGUUAACAUCGCUUUGUCUCUCCUGAUUGCAGACAUUUGGUUUAUUAUUGGGGCGGCUAUUUCAGAUGCUGAAGAGAUAAACCAACCAGCGUGCAAUGCAGCUACAUUUUUUAUCCAUUUUUUCUACCUGGCCCUGUUUUUCUGGAUGUUAGCCUCAGGUCUGCUGUUACUCUACCGCACAGUCAAUGUCUUUGACGGGGGAUUGUCCAAAACAACUCUGUUGGCUUUUGGAUUCACUCUGGGCUACGGGGCUCCUCUCGUCAUCGUGAUCAUAACUGUUGCUGUAACUGCACCCAAACAAGAAUACAUCCAAGGAACUGAAGUUUGCUGGCUCAACUGGUACAAAUCCAAAGCUUUACUGGCCUUUGUGAUCCCUGCGCUGGUCAUAGUGGUGAUAAACCUUAUGAUCCUGUUGGUGGUGAUAUUCAAAAUGUUGAGGAGAAGGUCAGUGGGAGACGCUGUACAAGCAGCUGAAAGGCAUGUUCUGGUUGUCAUUGCCAGGACUUUGGCUUUCCUCACACCAUUCUUUGGAUUAACUUGGGGUCUGGGAGUCGGAACCAUGACCAAUCCAGACAAUGAAGGAAUCCUAAUUGCAUUCGCAUUUUUUAAUUCACUGCAGGGUUUCUUCAUACUUGUGUUUGGAACGCUGCUGGACAAAAAGGUGCGGUCAGAAAUCACAAUAAGGUCACAAAGUUCCAGAACCGGGACCAGGAGCACCAGCGCUGGAAUCUCAAGUACAUUGGGAUUUUUCCGGAACUGGAGAAGAGGAAGAGACGGUUACAAUGUGUCAUCUGCUGCCUCCAGUGGAGCUCACUCUGGCGUCAACAUUUGAUGAUCUUUGCAGACAGCUCGGGUCAGUCAGAAUGACAACCAGCCAAGCAAACCAGCUGUUUCACACAUGUUCACCCAUGUUC